CUCUCUCCCUCUCACACACACCUUGAUGAGAACUCCAAUGCCAGAUUGCCAGAUCUCCUCUAGUUUUGGGCCUAGAUGGGAGGACAGAAAAUGUAAUGGGGGGAAGACCUGCUCUCUGCCUCAAAUACACACUGUACUCCAGACUGACACAAAUAGAGAUGGACUCCAAUACUUGUUUUCACAGAUAUUCAGCAGGGAAAAAUGUGAGUCUCUUUGUAGUGUAACAUAUAUAUGAGGCACAGCCCUGUUGAACCUGAGUUGUGCAGGCAAGUCUGGCUGGGUGGCAAUCGAAUCUGCCUCUGUUCCUUUCAGCCAUUCAGGACACAGAGUCUCUCUCAUAUUGGAAAGAUGUACCGCUACAGUAAAGCGAUCCACUCUAAAGCUAUGGGGGGGUGAGAGGAGAGAACCCUAGAGCUCAUUGAUUGUGAACCAUAGAUGUAGUAGAAUUUUGCCUGUCAUUUUCUGUCUGUCUGCAGCAAGAAACAGGCUUCUCUUACCAUUGCAAAACCACGAUACCUGGAAGAGCUGGAAUGCUACCUAAGGAAAGAGCUGCAGUCUCUGGACCUGACUAAAGAGAACGCUCAGGAACUUAAGCUCCAGGUCUGAUGGAAGGGAGACACUGGUGAAUUCAAACAUCAGUGCAGAGUGGGAUGGAUUUUUAUUUUUUUUAAACUGGCCAUUCAUAGGUUCCUUAAAAGAAAAGCAGAUGGAAAGAGAAGACCCUGUGGCCAGUGCUGAAUGAGAACUGGCUUUGCUUGGCACUUGGAAGCAAUGUGCACAAAGCAGUGUAACUGCGCUUUGAUGAUAACACUGAUAACACUUAGCACCUCCUAGAACACUUCAGGUUUUCUUGAGCAGCCACUACCUCAUUUCUCCAUUGGUUUUUGGAAAUGUGAAUGGGCCCCAGAAUGCAACUCGUGGGCCAAAUGCAAUUGCUGAAGUUCCAGACUAUGGCCUUCACGCAUUGCCUUGCACUACUAUGAUACAAAUAAACAGGGCCCACACUUGACCAGGACCCCAUUCUCCCAGGCCAGGGUUCCAAGCAUACAGCUCACGGGCCAGAUCUGACCCCAAGACCCAUUUCUCCAGCCUCAUGCGAGAUUGGGCAUGGGACACUGAGUCCCCCUCCUCCUGCUGAGCCCCUUUGUAGAGCCUUGCUGACAAAUGCGCACAGUGGAGAGACUUCUUCCUUCUCUCUUCCCUGCCCCUGCUUCUCCCUGCCUCCCCUUCUGCAGAUCAGAUCACCCCAGGUUCAGGGAAGCAGCUCUUGCUCUACUCUCCCCACUCACCCAGUUUGGGGGUGUGGAGUCAGAGUCAAAUCCCCAAAGGGGCCAUAAAAGAGGGGAAAGAACCCCAGUGGGGGUGAGGGGAAAGGGUUGGGUGGAGGGGAAUAAAGAGGUAACUGGACAGAGGGAAGGAGGUUUCAUAAAUGAGAAAUUUCUUUAAGUGAACCCCCCAACUGCUUCAGUAAAGGGGUCCACUCUGCAGUCAGUGAGACUGGGAAGCUCUUCCUGGUGACUGGUACUCCAGCCCAGGGACACCGAUUGAAAGAUACUAAUUUCCACUCCCUCCCAAACGAGUUUGACCCUCCUGACCAUAGAGGUAGGGAGAGACAAUCCCUGAUCAGCCUCCCUUAGUAUCUAAAUAGACAACACUGACAAAGGGGCAAAGCAAUGUCUCUUUUCACUUAUCUUUAGUACAGAGGCACACCCCAGGGUGAUUAGAGAGUUCAGCAUGCAGUGGGGAUGUGAGGAACUCUGAGGCACUGCCAGGAAUGCCUUUCUUAGUUAAAAUGAAAUGAAUAGAAGAAAAUAGAAGUGGUUCAUUACAGAUAUGUCUACAGGCAUAUAGUCCCUUUACAGUUACCUGUUACUGCUGUAGGCUGUUCUGCUUGGCAGUAAAUGUCUGUAUUAAACAAGGGAAAAGUUAUAGAAAAGACCAGAUUACUUAGUUUCAUGUCCAGGUCUAGCUCUAUAGUGGCUUGGAAUUUUCGAUGGAAUUUGGUGUCACUAGAUGGCUCCUGUUCCAGGCUUUCAAUGAAUAUCAAGCACUGGCACCAAAUGUAAGGGAUUUUGGAGAUAUUGGCAAUAAACAUCAUGUUAUAAUUAUCUUGAACUCUUAAGGGCAAACCCUGAUCAGUCACAACUGGCUCAUAUCCUGCAAAUAACUUAGCUACCACACAGAACAAAAUUUGCUCACCCCAAAACCUGAGGUCCUAUCAGCUCUGCUCAGACACUAAAGAUCCCAUGGCAUUUUUCAUAUGAUUGGGGAUUUGCCCUAGGAUACUUGGCCAAACUUUCCCAUUGCCCCACUGUCAAUAUUUCCCAUUCCUGUCUGUCAUCCUCCCCCUCAGAAGUCGUUGCAUUUCAAUGGCAAAGCUGGAAGUAUAUUUUUUGUGACUUACUUUGGGAUCCAAUUCUCAAUAUGCAGCUAAUGUAAUAGUGUUUAUUUUAUUAAGACUUUACAGUAUUUUUAAAAGGAUGUUGACAACUGCAUCAUAAUCUGUGCAGUCAUUAAGACAGCAACAGUGAUUGCCUCAACAGCUUGCCCAAAGUUCUGGAUAAGGAAAAUGAACAGAGUCCUUGAUAGUGCUCCCUCUCUCUCUCUCUGUCUUCUGUUAGCCUUAUAGAGAGAUCUUUGAGUUCUUCAUAGAGGACUUCAAAACCUACAAGCCCCUGCUGUCUGCCAUAAAGAAUGAGUAUGAAGUUACAUUGGCUCACCUGAGGGAGAAGAUCCGCUCCCUAGAGCCCUUGAAGGCAAUGCUGGUGUCUGUGUCCGAUGAGUGCACCCGGCAGAUCGUGGCACUCCAGGAGGAGGAGAAAGCUGAAAUAACAAGGCUGAAGAAAGAGAAACUGUAUUUGUUAAAGCUUAUUGACAAGAUGAAGGAGGAGAAGGGCUCCCUGCAGACUCAGGUGAACAAGCUGCGGAAGAAUGUGGCCAAGGAAUACAUGCGCUACAUUAACGAGUUUGACGCACGCAAGCUGCUGCUAGCAGACCUGAAUGAAAUGCGCAACCAGCAGUUGGAAAUGUCGCUUCGCCAAGUCCAAGAGGUCAAGGGUGAAGACUUGGUCAAGGUAACGCUGGCAUUGAAGAUAGCUCGGCAGGACCUCACAAAAGCCCAGGUGGAGCUGAACACGAUGAAAGCAGAUUACGGCGACGUCGUACCCAGGAGAGACUUCGAAUCGCAGGAGAAAAAAUAUUCUGAUCUGUUUGAGAAGAUGCAAGUUCUGCAGAAGGAUUUUGAUGACCUUCAAAAGGAGUACGACACUCUGCUGGAAAUCCACCAAGAGACCGUGGAAGAGCGAGACCGGUUCUACCACGAACUCCAGCAAGUUCAGCGCAGCUCCACCCCCCGGCCUGACUGGGCAAAAUGUGCAGAGGUGAUUUCUGGUGGGCCUGAGCGGUGGAGCUAUCUGGAAGAGGGGAAGACCAGUGACCAGCUGGUGGAUGUCCUUCUGGAGGAAAUAGGAACAGGAGUGCUGAAGGAGAAGGACUCCUUCCCCGGGCUGGGCAAAGGGGACAAGGUCCCUGUGUACCUGAGGUACGAAGGCCAGGUGAAGAACAAGAAGCUGAACAAAAAGGAUGUGGUGAACAUCCUGAAGGAGAUCUGGAAAGAGAAAGUUUCAGCAGAUCUGCAGAAAGGGAAGCAAUCCAGCCUUCCAGAGUUCUUCCUUAGCUACCUCCAGAAGAGGUAUGGAGACUCCUCUGCCUUCGAAUGGGCGUACACCAUCUAUGAAAACAUCAAGCUCUACCGAUCAAACGAAGCCAUGAGCUUGUUCUAUGACAUACUGAGUGGGAAGGUGGAUGAAGGACUAUACCAUGGCCAGAACCAGCUCAUCGCCAACCUGCUGAAGGAGCUGAUGGCCAGCGACAGCUCAAACAGCGGAACGCUCACGACGGAACAGUUCAACCUGGCACUGAGGGCAGCUUUUCCCUUGAAAAGUAGUGAUCAGAUCCAAGAACUAAUCGAUGCGAGCAGGUACAAGGCAGAAAGCACAGAGGACCUCAUUGACUACAGAUCCUUAUUCAUGGAGGACGAGGAGGGCAACGCUGAGCCCUUCAUUGCGAAGAUCAGGAGCCAAUAUGCUAGCGAGAAGCAGGAGUAUCUGAGAGAACUGAGGAACGAGCUAGGCCACGCGCCGGAGGUGAAAGUGGAUGAUCUGAAGACAGCCUUCUGUGCCAUUGAUCCUGCUAUUGAUGACCUCACGCUGGACGCCUACGUUUGCCUGGCAUUCCAGGCCUCAAAAGAACAGUGGGAUCAGACUGGCUCUCUGCCUGUGGACACAGUGGUUGAGAGGCUGCUGGCUGGAGACACAAAACGAAUAGGCGCCCUUCCUGAAGAGAUCUACACAAGCCGCUCCCUCUCAGAACGGGGAGAGGCAGGGGCCUACGCUUAGUUAAAUGGCUCCUCUCACCCCUCAUGUAGUCAGCAAAAUACUUGUAUCUAGCUUUACAAAAGGCUACUCAUAAGGGGACUGCACUGAGUUUUUUACAGGCUGACUGAUCCUUAACACCAGAGAGGUUAGUUGGUUUGUAUCAGCAGCAAUGCAGCCAGUUCAAGCAGAUAAGAGUUCCUGCAGCUCAGUGCCCCAUGUAAAGCGUUUAAUUUCAGCGCUCUCCGGGAGCAGGGGACACAGUCCCAGCAGAGGCAGCUCAUCCCUCCAAAGCAAGCUGGAGGCCGGGGACUGCUGGGCUCUAGGGAUGUCAAUGUCAGUUUUCACAAACACGCCACUACUCGCUUCGGCACAGCUGCUGAGACCUGCAAGCCCUCCUUAAAGGCCAUGGUGGGGUGCAGGUACUCAACUGGCUGGAAAACUAAAGAGCAAGAUUGCUAAAGAAGGGCUUGGCUACAUGGGGAGGUGAUGCUGCUAUAAGGGAGGGUGUGAAUUUAAAUGCUCCAGUAAUACUGCUGUAACUCGGUAGGGACACUUAUUCCAGUGGGAGAGUGCCUUUUUCAAUUAGGUUCUGGCAAUUUGGAAGUGGUUUAAGCUAAACCCAAAAAAGUCCCUCUCAUCCCAAAUUAAGUGUCCCCCGGGGACUUACACCAGUCUAACUCUCACUGGAGAAGUGGCCCUGUGGACAAGCCCAAAGACUCCUGUCCCAGGGGAAAGGGCCACGGUGGUAUUGGUAACUUUGCACAGCCAUUCACUUAUCCUUACCAGUGUUUGCCCACUCAGGGCUGUUCCUCUCAGAAUUCCCUUAGCCUUCUGCUGCGAUAGGCCCAGUGUCAGGGAUGAGGGUCAGGAAGCAGCUCUAAGUUGCUAGGUGAUGGCUGCCUAAACAAGCUCAGAGUCCCCCUGCCAGAAUGUAAACAUCUGGCCUGCUCCCUUCCCCAGAUUGGAUGGGAGGGAUGGGGAAAGCUGAAAGGGCAGGAGAGCUCUAGCUGAGGUAACAAACACCACUUGGGUGCAAGCAUGAAGCAGAAUGUCAGCAAGAACAGCCCCAAAACAUCUGGGGGGCAGAGGCCCCAUAGCCCAGCUGGACUAGGGUAGUGGGUCAGCUGUAUGCGUCUGCCAAGCUCUUACACCUGGAAUACUGCAUUGUGUCUGUGCACCUCCACACCAGGAAAAGUCUACACCGAGCAGGGAAAGCAACAAGACAGCAUAGUGUAGCUC